AUGGGGGUUCUGGGAAUGCUUCUGGGAGUGCUGGGCUUCCUGGGUGUGACUCUGGGGGACUCCCCUGCAUUCCACUGGAACAAUACCUCUUGCCACUUGGCUGGACCUGUGCCCGGUGGUCCCCUGGGGUUCUUGAGUUUCCUGGGCAAAGGUGCUCAAGGACUGGCCCUGUUCCACGCUCGCUGGAAUGAGCACGGGAGGUUGCAGGCGUGUAACUGGCAGAACGAACCCAAGCUCACCGCAGCCUUCCGCUCCCUCUGCACUCACGAGGCCACCAGAGACUCCUUCAUCCACACCCCUGGGCCAGAGUUGCAGAAAGAUCUGAACACUCUUCAGAGUCAGUGGGAGGCCUGCCAAGUGCAGGGAAAGUGGCUGGUAGAUGCGAGGAAGAAGCGAGCCACCGGGCAGAGCAGAAUGUCUGGUGGAUACCGCCGGGCCAAGAGAGGCUGGACCAUGCCUGGUACACUGUGGUGUGGCAUUGGAGACUCUGCUAGUAACUCCUCGGAGCUGGGGGUCUUCCAGGGCCCAGAUCUCUGUUGCCGGGAACAUGACCGCUGCUCACAGACCAUCUCACCCUUCCAGUAUAACUACGGUGUCCGAAACUUCCGCUUCCACACCAUCUCCCACUGUGACUGUGAUGCCAGAUUCCAGCAAUGCCUGCAGGACCAGCAUGACUCCGUCUCGGACAUUGUGGGUGUGGCCUUCUUCAAUGUGCUGGAGAUCCCCUGUUUUGUGUUGGAGCAGCAGGAAGCGUGUGUGGCGUGGUACUGGUGGGGCGGGUGUAGGAUGUAUGGCUCAGUACCCUUGGCCCGCUUCCAGCCCAGGACUUUCUACAAAGCCUCCUGGAAUCCUCCUCAGGGAGCCACCCCCCUGACUCCCAGUCUAGCCCCUACCAAGCCCAGACAGAAGCAGCACCUUCGGAAGUGGUCACUGAAGCAGCAAGGACUCAAGCACUCCAGCAAAGUCAGCCCCACAGUCUUCCAGGUGCCCCGUCCAGGCCUCCUAGGGCCACAGGGAGGCCUAAAAGGUAAAGGUGCUCAUCGGGCCUGUCGCAGUUUCCGCCGCCUGGACCAGUGUGAGCACCAGAUCGCGCCUCAGGAGACCAAGUUCCAGCUGCUCAACAGUGCCCACAUGCCUCUCUUCCACUGUAACUGUACCCGCCGCCUGGUGCACUUCCUAAGACUCCACAGCCCCCCUGCGGGCACCAGCAAGCUUUGGGAGCUGCUGGGCCAGACAUGCUUCAAACUGGCCCCUCCAGACUGUGCGGAGGACAAAGGCUGUUCUGGAGGCAUGAGGGCCAUCAAAGUGUCAGCUCGACAUUUGCAGCGGCUUCAGCAGAGGCGACUCCAGGUCUGGGGUGCAAGCACAGAUGAGGAGCAGCCUUGGCCGUCAGAUCACCCAGGAGCUCCCAUGACAUUCUAUGACCGAUGCCUGCGGCUUACCCAGGCAGCCCAGAGCCCCAGUGGGCAGCAGAAAUCCUGAAGCCAGUGA